AUAAGAACUUUAAAUAUUUCUUAGGCAGAUACAGAGCCAAGAGAUUAACCGAAUCUGUUCAAGAAAAGUAAAGAAGCAAGAGGAAGAUAAACAAUAAGUUUAUCUCUUUUGUACAAAAACAAAAAACAAGAUGGCUAGAGAUAGAUUAACAAAAACCAAAAUAGUGAUGGCUAUAUUUGUCACAAGUGCUUUCUGGUUAGUUCUCGAUAUUUACAUAUUCUACGGAGUAUAUCCGCUAGAGAAUGUAGUAAGAAAGGAACAAGCAUCAGGCAGCGUUACUACUGUGACUAAUAAUUUUGAAGAGGAAAGCUUCGCAGAAGAAAAUACAUGGGAAGAAGUAAAUUAUUUCCCUAUAUGUAUUAAAAAAGCGGAAAUAUUUUCAAUAAUAAAUACAGGUUAGAAAUGUGGAUAGAAGGACUUUACUGGCCGAUAGGAACGGUCCAGGAGAAAUGGGCCGUGGUGUGACGUCGAACCAAAACGACGAACGUGUUAAGGCUGGCUGGAGGUCAGCGUCUUUCAACGAAUUCGUCAGCAAUCGUAUAUCCGUCGAAAGAUCCCUAAAAGAUGCGAGGGAUCCUGGGUUUGUAGAAGUUCUUUUCUCCAAUCUUAACUACUUUCCUAGACCCCAGCGAAGACUUAUCAUUUUCUGUCCCAAACGACCACCCCUCCUUAAACUUUCUAGACGUCGAAAAAAAUCAGCGUAGGCAUCCCUUUUCAUGGGUUCAUCAAAAGCCCGACGAUCGCGGUCAUCCAUUAAUGCGCUCAUAAGUUUAGAAAGAGUGUCCUUUGAUAGUCCUCCUUCAGUCUUUUGCGGUCCUUUAUCAAUUGUAUCUAGACAGAGAUGAAAAAAAAAUAAUAAACGAAAAUAAAAGGGAUGAUAAGAGAUAAAAAACUUUGCAGUAUGGUAUAUUGUAAGCUAAUGCCGAUAAAGUAUUUUAGUAUAUUGCUAAUAGAAAGAAGAUUUUAACUUUAUUAAUCAAAUAAAUGGGUCAUUAAAUUAGAUAAUAAAAAUCAAUUUACUGUUUUCCGGAUCCUUCGCUGAUACCUUCUGGAAUUUUUCAAGGGCUUCUGCCAACUCUGCCAAUUGCCUCGGACCCAUUUCCGACUUGAGAGGAAGGGCCGUCGCUAAAGUUAAGAGAUAAAAAGCAAACAGUCCUCUCCGGCUCAUGUUGCGAGACAAACUGCGACGGAGGGGCGAGAGAGGAAAAUACUUGCAUAUAAUUAAAUACAAGUGGGUCGUUCUCUUCUACGCUUUUAAUUACGUAGACGUAUGGAUUUGCGAGGGCGUCUCUCUCGUUCUCUGAAUUUUUCUCGUAUCUUUUCUUGUGUUGCUCUCUAUCUCAGUUUCCCCUUGUACGUCUCUGAGCGUACGUGCAACUAUGAUCGUGUGUGUCUUUCUCUCCCUCUCGCCCUCUCGUCCUUUCUCUCUCUCUUUCUCCCCGUCUGUAUUUUACUUUGUUCUCCUUAAAUCAUCUCUCUGAAUUCGUACUUUUGUUUAUUUUUCCUGUUGCACCGACUUCUCUCAUUUUUACGUAUUCAUUUGCUGUCUUCAGACUCGUAAAAUAUAGAUUUUGAAUCAGUUAACGUUCUUAUUUCUUCGAUUUUUUCUAUAUAUACAUACAGGUGCAGGAAACAGCUCUUCCCUUACGAGGAACUGCCUCAAACUUCUGUUAUAAUAUGCUUUACAGAAGAGAGUUGGUCGACAUUAUUAAGAACUGUUCAUAGUGUAUUAAAUAGAUCUCCCACCGAAUUAAUAAAAGAGGUGAUUUUAGUGGACGACAACAGUCAAAGAGAAUAUCUUAAGGACAAACUGGAUAGAUAUAUGUCUAAACUAGAGAAAGUAAAGAUACUUCGAUUAAAGAAAAGGGUGGGACUAAUUCGAGCCAGAUUAGAAGGAGUUCGAGUUUCAACAGCUCCGACGCUUACUUUUCUCGAUUCCCAUGUCGAAUGUGCAGUGGGCUGGUUGGAACCAUUACUCUUUGAAAUCUGGAAAAACAGAACAACCGUCGUUUGUCCUAUUAUUGAUACCAUUCACGCUAGUUCUUUUCAGAUUAUUCCAACUGGCACUAAUAUCAGGGGUAGUUUCGAUUGGCAUAUGACUUUUAGGUGGAAAGGCGUACCCCAAUACGAAGUUAGAAGACGUAAAUCCAAUAUGGAAAGUAUUAGGUCUCCAACCAUGGCUGGAGGAUUGUUUUCGAUUGAUAAGUCCUUCUUUCGAAGAUUGGGUUUUUACGAUCCAGGACUUGAAAUUUGGGGCGCAGAGAAUUUAGAAUUAUCUUUCAAGACAUGGAUGUGCGGUGGUACUCUUUUAAUCAUGCCAUGUUCCAGAGUGGCUCAUAUUUUCAGAAAGAGUCAACCUUACAAAUUCCCAAAGGGUAAUAUGAGGACUUUUAUGAAGAAUAACAUCCGGGUUGCGGAGGUUUGGCUAGAUAAAUAUAAGAAAGCCUUUUACGCUUUGAAUCCCGAAUUAAAAUCUUGGUCUUUCGGUAACGUUGAAGAUAGAUUGAAGUUAAAGAAAGACUUAAAAUGCCAUUCGUUCGGCUGGUAUUUAAAGAACGUUGUUCCAGAAAUAAGGGUACCCGAAAUGAAUCCCAUGGCCUCAGGAACUAUAAAAAACGCAAGAUAUCUUAAUUGUAUUGAUACUCAAAACAAUAAGGGAAUUAUAAUCUUAUAUCCUUGUCACGGUAGUGGCAAUAGUCAAAUCUUAAGAUUAACGAAAAAUGGUCUCAUUGAAGCUAUUGAUUUAUGUAUUGGGAAGAGGACAAGAGGAAUUUCAAUUACAACAGUUGAUUGCGAAGCAAAACACGCUAUACGAUGGCGUCAUUUAAGAAACGGUUACUUGGAAGAUACUUCUUCAAGGAAAUGUUUAACAGCUGGCAGAAACAACCGUCUAUAUAUGGAACCAUGUACAAACGUUCCCCAAAAAAAGUGGAUUUUUUCUAAUUAUGCCAAUGACUUUCCUUUUUAAAUAAAAGUUUAAUU